GUAGAAGCAAAGCAUCAGACUAUCGAGACCCCUACCUACCUGCCUGCCUGUUCCUUUGCACCGCGCGCGCAGUCGCCAGACACCAUGGAUCCGGCGGGUCUGCUACCCGGCGACGUGCUCGCGGACGUCCUCCGGCGCCUGAUGCCGCGCAGCCUCGCCGCCUGCCGCUCCGUCUGCAAGGAGUGGUGCGCCGCCGUCGACGCCCACGGCCUGCUGCGCAAGGACCUCCUGCCGCUCUCCCUGGCCGGCAUCUUCGCCGUCUACAACUUCGUUGACGGCUAUCACCUUCCUCCGGCGUUCCUCUCGCGCCCCUCUGUCGCAGGCAAGAUCCAAGGUAACCUCGGCUACCUCACGACGUCCACGAUGACUGGUCCCACAUUAUGGGUCACUGCAACGGCCUCCUCCUCGUCUGUGGAGGCGUGGCCAAUCCGGCCACGCGGCAGUGGGCGUGUCUACCGUGUCAUCCUGAUCGGACCCCGACCAAAGGCUUCAUCAAACGCAACUUCCUCGCGUAUGAUCCUAUGGUCUCGCCACACUUUGAGGUGUUCUUCAUGCAGUGUGUUCGCCGCCGGUCCGAGAACGAGGUCGCAUUGGACCCUGCAAACCCAAACUCAGAGUGGCCCCCGUCGCCCUACACCAUGAGCGCAUUCUCGUCAGAGACAUGGCUGUGGGAGGAGAAAUCUUUUAUUAGAGAAGGGAUGGCUCCACGGUCCAUCGACCCCAAGCUACUACCACUCAUGAAAAACGUGUUGUUCCCUCGUGAUGCUGUGUAUUGGCGGGGCCGGCUCUAUGUGUACAACAUAUUUUUUGUUAUCAGAUUGGAUUUAGAGGAUAAUAAGUACCGAGUAAUUGAACUCCCCCCGAUUAGUGAAGCACGCGGAGAUAUUAUGCCUCAUUUGGGAAAAUCUGGGAAUGGCGUUUACUAUGGAUUCGUCGGUGAUUGCUGCAAAUUUCAGAUUUGGUUUCUUAAUGAAUCAAUUGAUCACACAGAAUGGAUGUUGAAGCAUGAGAUUGGCCUCAAGCCGUUGCUAGAAAUUUUUCCUUGGGAACACAGUCAUGGCUCUUGGUUCGUGCAAGGUUUGAGGGAUAACAAUGAUGAAACACUUGACAGAGAGAAACUGGAAUGGGAUUCAGACAACGAUGAUGCCACUACUGCUUCUGCCACUGAAGUUAGUGUUCAGAAAAAGUUCCAUAAAUACAUUUCAAGGAUACUUGGAUUUCAUCCUUACAAGGAGAUUAUCUUUUUGCACAUAUCGGAUACAAGAGUAGUGGCCUACCAUCUUAAGAACUCCAAGGUUGAGGAUUUGGGGUGCUUACCCGUAGAUGGUGAUGAUUGGAUACAAUCGUUCUGUGUAUACACACCUUGCUGGAUAGAGAGCUGCUUGAGAGCAAAUAGUGUAGAACCCAAUAGUGAGCUCUAGAAUGUAUUGCUUGAAACAAGUUAUCUAUUUACGUUGAAUUGUCACCGUCCAUUUACGUUGGACUGCUUUAACUUUCCACAUGGGCGCAUAUUAAAAGAUAAUCUCUACGAGUGGCUACUUCUAAUGAGUCAUACUAGUAAAAGGGCCCGUGCGUUGCAACGAGAGAGAAAAUAGAUGUGUUCAUCAAAACAUCUGUCACAUGGUAAGAUAGCAUGGAACGGAGCCACCAGAGGGAGCCUCACGCGGAGGUGUAGAAGAAAUG